GAUUGGCGGGCAUUCUCCAUUUACCAGCUCAUCACUGAUCGUUUCGCCGAUGGCGAUCCCAGGAACAAUGAGCUUUUCGACGGCGGGUUCGACGUCCGCGACAUGACCUUCCGCCACGGAGGAGAUUUUGUCGGGUUGACGCAGAAGCUUCACUACAUCAAAG